GUGAGUGAUAAUGUAAUGUAAUAAUUUUUAUCAAAUAAAGAGAAAAUCAAAUAAAAUGGUUUACAUUUGUGUGAAGACGAUUCUAAUGAUCAUAAAAUUAAGCUAUUUUCAAAACUAAGGGCAAGUAACCUGUGGCACAUUGUGUCAAGCAUAAUCAGUAGCCCUAUCCACAAUAAUCAGUAUUUUGGAAGCGUUUUUCUGUUUAGACAUUAAAGAACAUUUUGUAUAUUUUUAAUACAAAUACUACAAUAUUAGCAGUGUCACCUAGCAAGCGUAUGACCUCAAAUAUAUUAAUUUAAAAUAUAAUUCUUAGUUCUGUGAAAUAUAUUUAAAUGUAUUUAUUUUGAUUCCUCCAAAUUGUAGGGUAUCUGCAUGGUUUAAGAUCUUUUUUAAGAAAUGCACAAGUAAAACUUAUACCAUAUGGGCGUUAGGCCCUGAAUACACCAUAUUCGGCAUACGCAUCGAAAAUAAUAGUUCAGCAAAACUUAGUAGCGAGUGCGCAUGCGCAUCGAGUAAAGGUGAGAUUAUAACCGCAAAUAUGCUUGCACUGGAGAAGACACACAGAAGAUAGAUAAGGAGAAGAUCGACAAGCUUACAACAAUAUUGACGCUUACUUCUUCUGUUCGUUUAGUAUUCUUAAUAUCUGUAGUCCUUCCACUUCUCCGACUAUUGUAGCUUUCCAAAGCAGGUACUGCAGCACUCUGUCAUAGCAGCAACCGCUCGAGCCAGCAGCUGAUUCAAAGGGGACAGCAGAGAGGUGACCGACCGAGAAACGCACUUCACAAGCAUGCAGAGAAUAUAGAAGACUUCUGAGGGUAUUUAUGCAUUGGCAUGGAUUCAAGAAGUCAUGUCAUGUGCUUUUUUCUUCUUUAGUGAAAAUGAAGAAAUGAGUUGCGAUUUAUCUGGAAGAAGAAUGGGAUGCAGGGAACUCCAUCGAGACUCCUCCCCCCGAGAAUGAAUGUGUGUGUGUGGGGGGGGGGGGAUGAAGGGGUUCAUGAGACACAGAAUGAAGGACAGAGAAAAGACACUAUACAUUUGUGUUGCGUUUUGUUUGAGGGAGGGACACCUCUGCUUGGAGCAAGCUGUGCUGCUUUCCUGUGGUUCAAUAGAGAUUUAUGAGACAUGGACAACAGGCACAUUUAUGAAGGAAUAGAACCUGUGAGGAUAUGUCUGCAUGUUUAAUAUGACUUCUUAAUGCAUUAGUUACAGAUUUUUCGAAAAAUUGGUGGGGAAACAAUUUUAUUUUAAUCUAUGCAAUGUUUCUGGUCUUCUACUGUUACAUACAUAAAUAUAUAGCAGAUACAAUCAUCUAGUCAAUCUAUAGUUAAUCUAUGUAUAAAUCAUCCUAAUGAUCCAUAAUUUCUGGCAUGGAAAAAAUAGAAUGUCUUUACUGUCUGUCUUUACUGUCUAUAGAUCAGAACAUGUUUCAGCUAUUGCAGAGAUGCACUGGCCAGGUGCCAGACUUGGUAAUUAAGUCUGUCAACUGUCUGUCAGGCUUGUCUUAUAGAUUUACCAACAAAGCAAUGUUUUUCUAGCUGCCAAGGUCAUUUUUAAAAUCUUAUUAGCUGUCUCACAGUGGGCCUUGUUUGUUGGAGUCCAAUAUUACAGUUCUUUUGCUUUUUGUUAAUCAAAUAGACAACAUGGGGAACAUAUUUUAUUGUUGCCGCAAGAUGUCAGAGAUUAUUAACACCAAGGGAGUCGGGCGCCAGACUGAGGAGCAGUCUCUCCUGCUGCUAUCCCUGGAAAGUAAUGAUAUAGAAAGUCUGUCUCCUUCAAGGUCUUCAACUGACCUGCUGGCCUCUCCUGUUCUGGACCAAGAUCAUCUCCUGUUCCCGGACAUCGUGCUUAGCAGCAACCUUCGGGUUAGAGGGGACUCAAUUCAGCCUUUGGAGCUCUUGUUCUCAACAAGUGGGCAAUCACAAGAUGCCAGAAGCGAUGAUGGAGUUGAUAAAAGCAAUCCGCGAAAUGGAAGGGAGAGGAAUAGAGAGCUGUUGGGGCCGCCAAGCACAAACAUUGCAGGCACAAAUCAAUUAUGCUCCAUAGAGGAUGAAUGGCCCCUUCUGUCAUCCCUAUACAAAAUACCUGCUGCUCAGAAUCGAAUAUGCACUCAUGGACAUGGAGCAGACACUUGUAAAUCUCUCCUCGGUCGUGGGACUGGACUAUUUGCAGAUAGUCAAACUUCAGUUUCUGGUCCAGUUAGCAUUCCUGUGCUUGCGGCAUCUUCUCUAGAUGCCUCACAAAGUGACAUUGACAUCAGUCAGAGAGAAGAUGGUUGGACUCAGACAGAGCAGUACAUCGAACACGAGAAACCUAAGGAGCAAUUUGGAGUAAUUGUGAUAAACACAGAAGAGAAUCAGGAUGAGAAACUACUGAAUGAACAUUGUCCAAACAGUGCAGCACAAACACAUCUGGAUGCAAUGAAGAUGCAACCUGCAUAUGGCAUUCCUACUGCAGAUCCUUUACUUCUAAAGAUGCAAAGGGAAGCACAAACUUUGGAACUCAUAGCACAACUAGAUGACUUUGAAGACCCAGAUGCACUGGAAAAACCAGACUCAGAGCAACAUCCACAGACUUCUGAGACACUAGAGAUGGAUAUUAUAACAAGACAGCAUGCUGAUGAGAAAGCUACUACAACUGCAGAGCUUCUUCUUUGUAUGGAGAAGAAAAUAUCUCAUGUAGAGCAACCAGACAUUACAGAGAUUAGCUUUGGGCUGGUGGAGCAUGAGAUAGGGGAGAUGGAGCAAAGCCUGUCACAGAUGGACAAGGAUUUGAUAUGGAAAAAGACAGAAGUAGAACAGAUGCAGUGGGACCUGGAAGCACUAAAGCAGAGCACAGGGUUAUCACUGCGGGACUCUGAGCAGACAACCCUCGCUGUGACACAGGUAGAACAAAAAGAAGAUCAGACUGAACGCUUCACGCUUUUUGUGAUUGAUAAACUGUUCCUGGCCACUCCGAACUUUACAGUACCCAGCCCUGAUACCAUGACCAGUGGCCAUGUGCUAGAAACCCUAGCAGACAGCAGGACAGAACAGGUUGAGGGUGACAGCGAAAAACAUGCGCUUCCUGCUGUUCCUGACAUGGACCCAGCUGAGGAUGCAGGGUUCACGGUGAAGAUCCAGGCUCCUGGAACAGAACCCACUGACUUCCAGGUGUCACCUUUAGCAAUGGUGCACGAAAUUAAGCAAGUGUUGAUGGACCAGGAGGAGACCUGUCGGCGUACUUGCUUCUCCCUGCAGCUGAAUGGAGUCACUCUUGACAACUUUACCCACCUUAGAUCCAUACCAGAUCUUCAGGAGGGCUCCGUUCUGAGGGUUGUGGAGGAGCCGUACACUGUUCGAGAAGUGCGUAUCCAUUUACGCCACAUCAGAGACCUUUUAAAGAGUCUAGACCUUACUGAUGGCUAUAAUGGAGUGGAGGGCUGCUCACCAUCAUUUCUCAGCUAUGUCACAGAAGAUCAUAUGGAAGAGAGCAGCAAACCUAAGCGAAGAGGUGACGGGUUGAAGCACAUCAGCUGCAGCCCUCCACAUCACAUUCUUCCAUGCUCUAAGGAGCGUCUGCUGGUACCCCUGCAACCUCAUACAAAUUUUGGGAAGUCCUCAGAGUGCUUGAAGGUUCUGACCAUGAGUAGCUGGAAUCCUCCUCCUGGAAACAGAAAGAUGCAUGGAGACCUCAUGUAUCUCAAUUUGGUGACCAUGGAAGACAGACACUUCAGUAUAACAGCAUCAACUCGUGGGUUCUACAUAAAUCAGUCUACAACUUACAGCUUUAAUCCAAAGCCAGCCAAUCCUAGUGUCCUCAGUCAUGCUUUGCUGGAUCUCCUGGGUCAUAUCAGUCCAGUUUUUAAGAAGAACUUCAGUGCCUUGCUGAAAAGGAGAGGGUCCACACACCCCUUUGAAAGGAUUGCCACACCCUUCCAGGUGUUCAGCUGGACUGCUCCAGCACUUGACCACACAAUGGACUGUGUUCGAGCGGAGGAUGUCAUCUCUUUCCGCCUGGGUUAUGAAGAACAUGUGCCUGUUCAGGCCCGGGACUGGAAUGAAGAACUUCAGACCACAAGAGAGCUUCCGAGAAAAAACGUGACUGAUCGUCUGAUGAGGGACAGAGCUGUUUUUAAGGCUAACAGUGAUUUUGUCAGCACUGCCACUCGAGGAGCCAUGGCAGUGGUGGAUGGUAACGUGAUGCCCAUCAACCCUAGUGAAGAACCACGACAGCAGAUGUUCAUCUGGAACAACAUUUUCUUCAGUUUAGGCUUUGAUGUGCGGGACCAAUUCAAAGAUCUGGGAGGGGAGGCUGCGGCCCAUGCUGCCCCUGUUCUUGACCUGAAUGGAGUGAGGGCUUAUUGGGCAGUGGAUCAAGAAGGCCUCUAUCUGAUUGGCACUGUAGUGAUCGAUUACCGUGGCUACCGUGUCACUGGCCAAACUAUCGUGCCAGGAAUUCUUGACCGUGACCAAGCACAGAGUGUUGUCUAUGGCUCCACUGACUUUGGCAAGACGGUUGCGUCUGAUGACAGGUAUCUAGAACUGCUUGACAAACCCAGUAAGAAGCUGAGAGUGCAGCGCCACCUAGUGCUAAACAAAGAUGAUACAGCAGUAGAGUUGUGCUCCUCUGUGGAGCAUAAGGGCAUUGUGGGUAAUGAUGGUCGGCACUACAUCCUGGAUCUACUUUUUACCUUCCCACCUGACCUCAACUUCCUUCCUGCGGAAGGAGAGGAUUUAAAUCCUGUGUGUCAACAACUUGGUUUCCCAAGGCUACAUCCUCAUCGCCUGGUCUGCCUGAGACAGGAACUCAUUGAUGCCUUUGUGGAGCACCGAUACCACAUAAUUAUGGAAACUGUCUCUCAAAGUACUGAGCAUGACAGAGAAAUCAAAGAUGUCAGCAAAUCCGCACUGAACAGUGUUCAAACUACUACGCCUCAGCUUCCCUCAACAACUGUCACACUCCCAGGCCAGGAUGCAGAGCACCUUUCCCUAAAAACCGUGCCUGUGAAUAACACCCAGCAGAGUUCUUCAAUAAAGCAUAUCUUCUCCUCCCUCAGGAAUACUUUUGACAUACAUUUCAACCCUAACAUCUUCUGUGCAGGUGUACGUUUCCCCAAGGAAAGUGCAGAAGAUAUCCAGAAACAGAAACAGCAGUUAAAGGAUGCUGCAAUCUUCCUCAUUUCCAAUCAAAUCCCUGCAUUUAUGAAGAGUUGCCUUGACCAUACAUCAAUGCCUAUGGAUGGCGUCACACUAACAGAGGCUCUGCAUCAGCACGGCAUUAACAUUCGCUACAUGGGUGCUGUGAUGGAGUAUAUUGAGAAGAUACCUCAGAAAGAAAGGCUUGAUCAUGUCUAUAGAAUUGCACUCUGUGAGCUGAUUACCAGAUGUGCAAAACAUCUAUUUAAGACAUAUCUUUUGGCAGUGGAACCAUCUGCCCUGUCAGCCUCCGUCAGCCAUUUCCUCAACUGCUUCCUGAGCUCUUUUGCUGAUGCUGGAGUCAUUCAGCAAAACGACAAGUUAGCUUCUAGGCGCAGGAGUCGGAGAAGGCGGAGUCGUGCAUGUGUGGGUGGCACCAUGACUGUCUGGUCCAACCUCACUCCGAGCGACCUUUGGGUGGCCAUCAAAACUGAGGCCCAGGAAUACUACCAUUACAGCCUGCCCUGUGGAAGUGUGGAGGAGGCUGUGGACAAAUGCAGGCUUCAGAGAAUCACCCUGCUCAGAGAGAUUGCCAUCAAAACUGGCAUUCAGAUUCUUUUAAGAGAGUAUCACUUUGAUUCUGAGCACAAAACUGUAUUCACCGAAGAGGACAUCCUUAACAUUUUCCCCGUAGUAAAGCACAUCAGUCCUAGGGCUAACGAUGCUCUUUAUCUCUUGCGUUGUGGUCAGUCUGAGGUCCAGCAAGGUUGUCUGAAAGAGGGUUGUGAGUUAAUAAGCCAGGCUCUGGGUCUCUUCACUAAUGUCUAUGGGGCUCUGCAUCAGGAUGUCAGCAUAUGUCUGCGGCUAUUGGGACGAUUACACUACAUCCUCGGAGACUAUGCUGAGGCCCUCAGUCACCAGCAGAGGGCUGUACUGAUCAGUGAAAGAGUUCUGGGAAUUGAGCAUCCCAGCACUAUACAGGAAUAUAAGCACCUUGGUCUUUAUUGCUUUGCUGGGGGGCAGCCGGUGACAGCUCUGCGAUUAUUAUACCGUGCCCGAUACCUGAUGCUUCUGGUGUGUGGAGAGGAUCACCCUGAGAUGGCUUUACUGGAUAGUAAAAUAGGCCUUGUGCUUCAUAGUAUGAUGGCCUGUGAUCUUGCCCUGAAGUUCCUGGAGAACGCCCUUGACCUGACCUCCAAAUAUCAGGGACCCUCAUCUCUCAAACUGGCACAAAGUCAUCACUUAUUGGCAAAGGUGCAUGAAAGUAAAGGAGAUUUCCGUGCUGCACUGAGGCACGAAAAGGAGCGUUACGGCAUAUACAGGAAGCAGGUCGGAGAAGCACACGAGAAGACCCAAGAGAGUUCAGAGUACCUAAAGCGUCUGACGCAUCAGGCAGUGAUUCUACAGAAAACUAUGAACUGGAUCUACAAGACUGGCUCAGACACCAAUAUUUCCCCUCUCAAUCUGAACUCUCCAAGUCGUGUCUGGAUAGUGGAGCAGCUAAAUCUUGUCACUGGGAUUGUCCUUAUUCCUCUUAGUAACAGUGACCUUGAGAAACUCAGGACUGACACUCAGAAAACAUGUCAUCCCACCCAAAAUACUGUUGAGUCUUUGGAGGAUCUGCAGGGGCCGUCUGAGGACCAUGACACAUUGCAAGCUGUUACUCAAGAUGACUAACGUCUUGUAAUUUAAUUGUACUUUAAAUAAAGUAAAAGAACAGAUGAGCUCUUAAAUGAAAAAUGUUCUAGUUUAGGUUUAAACUUUAAUAUGAAACUAAAAAAGAAAAAGUGUAAAUGAACUCUCACUCAUGACCACACGGUGCAGCAGAUGAUCUUGCAAGGAAAUAUAGCAAUCCCUUUAAAAAGCAUGAGUGUAUCUGGCUGUUGAUUGUAACUAGGCUAAUUUGCACACUUGUAAACAGGACUGUCUAGUCAUUUAUGUCUUUGUACGUUGAUGUGUGCUGAUUGCACUGUAUAUCAUGUAUAAGAGCCACAGUACAGUGACUAAAGAGGGCUAAUGCAUGCUUUUCAUACUUGAGUUUACACUAAGUUUAGCUUGAUUUCAAGGAAUGUAGGCCAAGAAAUGAUGAUUAUUGCAUUGUGAUAAAAUACUUUGUGAAAAGUAUAGUUUCAAAUAAAGCAGUCGAAACCUGUC